AUGCCUGCCGAGGAGUCCAAGCCCCUCGACCCUGCCGUCAAGCAGGCAGAGGACGCCGUUGCCGAGGCGGAGGACAAGGGCAAGGGCAAGGCCCCCGAGGUCGAGUCCGAAGACGAGGAAGACGAUGCGCCCGAGGAGGCGACCGGCGCGGCCGGCGGAGAAGCUGGAGGCGCCAAGAAGAAGAAGAAGAAGUCCAAGAGGAAGAAGGUCAAGGAAGCUCUGACCGGCAAGCCCAGCGACCCGGAACAGCAGAUCAAGGACGCCAUCGGUGGACUCACGCCCCAGCAGCUCACUGAGCUUCUCGCGCUCAACCCCGCCCUUGCGAACGAGAUCACAGGCGGCUCCGGCAACAAGUCGGCCGAGGAGACGGCUGCCGCGCUCCAGAAGCUCAACCUGCAGGACAUCAUGACCGGUCUGGCGUCGGCCGGCAAGAACGCCAAGGACAUGGCCAGCUACAAGUUCUGGGCGACGCAGCCCGUUCCCAAGUUCGGUGAGGGUGACGCAAAGGUCGAGGACGGCCCGAUCCGCAUCCAAAAGGUUGAGGAUGUCCCCAAGGAGCCAUCCCCGCUGGUGGACGGCUUCGAGUGGGUCACCAUGAACCUCGAGGACGAGGGUGAGAUGAAGGAGGUGUACGAGCUGCUCAACGGACACUAUGUCGAGGAUGACGAGGCCAUGUUCCGCUUCAACUACUCUCCCGCGAUGCUGCAAUGGGCACUCAUGGCCCCCGGCUGGCGCAAGGAGUGGCAUGUUGGUGUGCGCGCGACUCAGUCCCGGAAGCUGGUCGCCUUCAUCUCCGCCAUCCCCGUCAACCUGCGCGUGCGCAAGAACGUCGUCACCUGCUCCGAAGUCAACUUCAUGGUCGUGCACAAGAAGCUGCGCGGCAAGCGCCUGGCGCCCGUCCUCAUCAAGGAGAUCACGCGCCGUAGCAACCUGCAUGAGAUCUGGCAGGGUCUCUACACUGGUGGUGUGGUGCUGCCCAAGCCCGUCAGCACCUGCCGCUACUUCCACCGCGCCCUCAACUGGCAGAAGCUGUACGAGGUCGGCUUCAGCCCGCUGCCCCCCAACAGCAAGCCGCAGUACCAGAUCCGCAAGUACCAGCUGCCAGACAACACGUCGACUAAGGGUCUGCGUGAACUGCAGGAGAAGGAUAUCCCCCAGGCGAGCGCCCUCCUGAACAAGUACCUCAGCCGCUUCGACAUGGCGCCCGAGUUCUCGGAAGAGGAGUUCAAGCACUGGUUCCUGCACAAGAAGGAGGCUGGUGAGCAGGUCAUCUGGACCUACGUUGUUGAGACCAACGGCAAGAUUACUGACUUCUUCUCCUUCUACUGCCUCGAGUCUACUAUCAUCAACAGCACCAAGCACCAAGUCAUCCGCGCCGCCUAUCUCUGGUACUACGCCUCCGAAGUCGGCCUAUCCAAGCCGGUCGACAAGGAGGCGCUCAAGCCGCGCCUGAACUCCCUUAUCGGCGACGCUCUCAUCCUGGCCAAGAAGUACAAGUUCGACGUCUUCAACGGCCUGUCUCUGCUGGACAACGGUCUGUUCCUGGAGCAACAAAAGUUCGGACCUGGCGACGGCCAGCUGCACUACUACCUGUUCAACUACCGUGCUGCCCCCAUCGCUGGCGGUGUUGACAGAAGAAACAAGCUCGACGAGGAGAACCUCAGCGGAAUCGGCUUGGUUAUGUUGUAA